CUUGAAUUCACGCAUUUACUUUUAAUUUGAUAACGAGCCCUGAGGUCAGUAUCGUCAGAACUGUGAAUUUGAAAACGUGUAAGAUCUUAAAUUGGACUACGGAAUGAGUUAAAUAGAUACCAGUUGCAAAAUGAAUACGGACGGAGUACAAUACAGAAAAUUUAUCUUUAUCUAGACGUUGCUUAUCCCAAUUAUAAAUUGUCAUUAACAUCAUCCUAGGAACUAUUUUAUUAAGUACGGGUCAGAACCCUUCAAAAUGCGUGAUUCCUCAGCCGUUUUUAGAGUGGCUAUUGCCUUCGUUCUCCUAACUUUUCACUGCACUGCCUCUACUUCACCAUCCCACGAACAAGCGAGCCUGCAACAAGUGGUUAUCGUAUUUCGACAUGGCGACAGAGCUCCCCUUAAUGUUUAUCCGAAUGAUCCUUAUGCUGAUUAUCCAUGGCCUAGCGGAAAGGGAGGAUUGACUAAGAAAGGAAUGCUUCAGUUGUACACUCUGGGGCAACGGAUACGAGAAAUGUAUGGAUCGUUGAUCGACGACGAAUACCGCAGCAACGAAAUUCUGGUACGUAGCAGCCAUUUGGACAGAGCCAUCAUGUCCGCGCAAUCGCUUUUAGCAGGACUUUAUUUGCCGGAACCUGAAGACCAGUUCAUACCAGGUUUACUUUGGCGUCCAGUUACGGUGCAGACGAUACCGCAGGGUGCGGACAAGUUGAUCGUGAUGGACGUGCCGUGUCCGCGCUUUGAGAAUGAAUCUGCUCAUUUCAUGUCGGAGUUAGACGCAAGCUAUAACGACCCAGUUCUCUUCAACAUACUGUCAAAGGGUACCGGUAUGAAGAUAACAUCUUUAGAAAGUGUUUUGUAUCUUCGCGACAUAUUUCAAUGUCAGGAAUUAAAUGGAUUACCAUUGCCAGACUGGGCUACAAACUUCUUGAGGAACGAAACCAUAAAGGCUAAUGCAUACGCAUACUUUGAUGCGCAUAUGAACAGUUUAGUCCAGAAGCGGCUCAGAGGCGGACCCUUGUUGAAGGAAAUUUUACAGAAUAUGUGGAUGAGCAAGAACGGAACCAACGAACGCAGAAUGCACCUUUACGCUGCUCACGAUUAUACGCUUGUGUAUACUUCGAGGCUCUUAGGAUUCAACGAAAAACACAUUGAGCCGGCAUACGGUGCGUGUUUGAUCUUUGAAUUGCACACAGUGGACGGUGGACGAGAUCACAGAGUCAAGAUAUCAUUCCUGAAUACUACGGAAACAACUAUUCCGCACCCCUUGAACGUGCCCGGAUGUGGAACGUCCUGUUCGCUGGAGACGUUAUCAAGAAUUUUGAAUCCAGUGCUGCCUGAGAACUGGGAUAACGAGUGCAUGACAUAACAAGGCCGCCAAUUUCGAAAUAUUCAUAUACGAAUGUAAUGCACAAUUGUUGUGGACUGAAUUUUUCAAAUACGUUUUCAUACUAUUAGAUAAUAGGUACUUAAUGUUGCAUGAUCAUAAACCUAUUUAGAAUAAGUUUGAUUGCGAAAAAUGUGACAUAUUAUACGAAACUAAGAAAUUUGCUGAGAAAGCAUAAAAAUAAAAAAUAGAAAAGACGCUACGUCCUAG